UUGACAAAUAUAGACAAGCGCUUGUUCUUUGAAAGGGCCAAACGAGGCGGUAUACCAAGCGUUGGUGCCAAGCGCUAUGCAAAGGCGAACAAUCCGAGCUUACUAGACUACAACUCAAAUCAACCAGAGUCGCACAUCAUGUACCUGGACGCCAACAAUUUGUACGGCUGCACCAUGUCACAAUCGUUACUCUGGCAUAACAUGAGAACUAUUGACAAAUAUAGACAAGCGCUUGUUCUUUGAAAGGGCCAAACGAGGCGGUAUACCAAGCGUUGGUGCCAAGCGCUAUGCAAAGGCGAACAAUCCGAGCUUACUAGACUACAACUCAAAUCAACCAGAGUCGCACAUCAUGUACCUGGACGCCAACAAUUUGUACGGCUGCACCAUGUCACAAUCGUUACCCGUGGAUAAGGUACUAGAUGUACUGUGAUUGUUGUGUAAAGUGCACAUCAGAACGACGAGCCUUUAACGCGAGUAGCACUUGGCAGCAACAGAGACAGAAUCUACUCACGGGCAGUGCAUAACGGGCAGUGUACAACGGAAAAUGUUAUCAACAUCGAGCUCUUAACUCCCAGAACGAAGGAAAGGAAGCCCAUCGAACAUUGCUCAACAGGUGGUAGGCUUAUGCUGAGUCUCAGGAUUUUCUGUCGUCCCGGACUCUCCUACAGUUUGGGGAAUAGAUUUGAGUUUAAGGAGUUUUCCAGUGGCGGAGUCGAGUCUUUACCUGUCAACACAGCACCUUGUCCAACCUGUCGGUUUUCCGUAACUCAUAAUGGAGGAGCAGAGCGCAGCACAUUUUCACCACCCCUGGCGUUGGAUGAUAUUGUUCUCUCGUUUCUUCUGGACCUUCAUGUGCCUUGGUAGCUUCAAGUCCAUGGGGGUGUUGAUCCCCCACUUUGUAGACAGCUUUUCCACCAGCACCACAGUAGCUGGCCUCGUCAGUAGCUUCCUUCUCGGCUUUGGCCUUCUGACCUUUGGUCCUUUCAUUGGCGCCAUGAUGAAGGUGUGGGACUGCAGGAAGCUUUUCAUCGUCGGCGGGUUACUGGUCGGUAUCUGUAUGACAGCUGCGCCUUUCUCGAACACCAUGACUGUUAUGGGAGUGUUCUUUGCCCUGAUGAGUAUUGGUUUCGCUUUCAUCCAAGUGUCGUCUGUCAAGCCUCUGAUGGACUACUUUCCAGACACUUUCGCCACUGCCAAUGGUGUGUCUCUUUCCGGGGGCACAAUUGGAAUGAUGGUAAUUCCACCGUUGAUGGAAUAUCUCGUGGAGUGUUACGGAUGGCGAUCCGCCCUUGCACUUCUGGGUGCUUUUUCCUUCAACCACGUCGUGUGUGGGGCACUUCUGAGACCACUACAUAGUAAACCAAGAAAGUAUGAUCUGUUGCCUAGUCACAAUGAUGACGUGGACCCAAAAUAUUUGAAGUCCAGUAGCCAGUCCUCCAACAGUCAACGAGAGAGAAUGACGAGUCGAGUGAGCGUCAAGAAGAUCUGCUCCAUUCUCCUGGAGUUCCUCCGAGAUCGUUUUGACACCGAGGUCCUGACAGAGCCAGUGUUUGUUCUCUACCAGUUAACCACUAUACUGAACGGAAUGGUUUACAGCAUGUGGCACUUGUUCCUUAUUCCCCAAGGCAUAGAGCUGGGCUUCGGGGAUAGACCAGCAGCUUUCUUAGCGACGUACGGUGGGCUGGGAUCUCUGGUUGGUCGCUUGGGCCACGGGACUGCAGUUGAUCGUGGCCUCAUCAAGGCGUCCACGCUACUGGCUUUGUCCGCAUUGCUUUUUGCAGUUACCUGCGGGCUCAACCCACUAGCUACGUCUUCCUACACAACCCUGGCUAUUUAUGCUGUCGUAUCAGGGAUUGCAAUUGGAGCUAUCUAUCCGCUGUGUUUUGUGGUGAUGAGGGAAAUCACAGGAGAUCAGCAGACAUCAGCCUACAGCUGGCUUUUCCUCUCACAUGGUGGAGGCCAGCUACUUGGUGGUUUCUUCGCCGGUUGGAUCCAUGACGUAACUGAAAACUACGAAUUCGACUUCUUGGGAAUGGGAGCACUUGGUGCGCUCAUGGUUAUCAAUUUGGUUUUGACCCGAUGCCUUACGCAUUGCUGCGAAGCACGUGACUGAGAUGCGUGGAGUUGACCCCAGUAUACGGAAGGUUUAACAGUCACAUCUGAAUUAGAGUACAACAGCCAUAAAAUUGGUGUUUAUUAGUACGAGUUGAUUAUUUACUGUUCAGACAGAUCCUUACUUUUAUCCUCAGAGCCCAAACAAUUAAAUGCAAACAUUCAUGCUGCACCGUAAUCAGUGUACUCACUGCGUCAGCAGUUUUAUAUUCGUAAGUUAUGAAUAUUUAUGCCUGCAGCGGUGAGAUUAAUUAUUCUAGGAGACAAUAGAUGCAGUGUCCCUACUGUUCAACAUGAAAGAUUCCAUUUAUUGAAAAUAAAUGGCCGCCUGCAUAGUAUUUAUUACACGUCCAACGAGCUCAAAAAUGUCAUGUGAAUAUUUGACUUAGUUCGCCUUCACCGAUGGCAUUUGAAACUUCUAUUCUGUUUCUGCUGUGAGACUGCGUCAUAUUUGGGAUCAAUCAUUCGACAACAUGCAAGCGAUGAUUUGAUGAGGGAGGCUAUAUUUAGGCGUAGGGGCUAUAUUCAGGCGUAGUCGGAUCUGUAUGUACCGUUAUUGCGGGCCAAUAUUCGUCUAUUCGCUUAUUUAUUGUUUAUAGUUCAUUUCAUUUAGAAGUAUUAAGUUUCCAUGUAAUUGAGAUUACGUAUAACAAGUAAGAAAUAUGGGCUUCUCUUUUUAUGGUGUAAGGAUACCGUGCGGGGCUCCUCAAGGAUCCCCAUGGGGAGCACGCAGUUUUUUCUAUACCUAUAUUACUGCAUGAUUGUUACCGUACAUAAUGAUUGUGACAGGAUUCAAGGGAUCAUGCCGUAUGUGUUUAUUUGCUCACGAUUUCAACUUCUUUCAUUGUCUUAUGAAAAUUUGAUCACAAUGGUAAACACGGUCACAAUUUAGAUCUCGUUGGUGUUUCCAAAUGGAUUAAAGCCAAUAAAUAGAAUUUACCCUUUGGUAAUCUGAAUUCUGGGUCUAUUACAUAAUGUAAAAUUACCAUGGAAAAAUCAUGCGAAGUAUAUAUGUAAAUUUAUUUCCAGGACUACAGGUAUUACUAACAAAUUCAGAUAAAUUUUCAUUCUUUGAUAUAUUUACAAUGCAUUAAUUCUGUCCUCGGUGCUGUAUGGUAUUUGCUUAGGACAAUAUGAGUUACUUGUAGUUAAAACAGAAUUCUUGUUUGUUGUUUAAUGAAAGGCCCUGCAUAUCUUUGAGCCAGCAGAUUGUAGGACUCAUUACAAUACAUUAGUAAAAACCAUGAUACCCUUAAGGAUAAUGACAUUUAUCAUUUCCGGCUUGGAAUCUUUAUGCAUCAACUUGUGUACUAAUUCAUUUGAAAAAAUGUUCCAUAUCGAUAUUUAUAUUGUUAUCUACUGACAUCAGACUAGACAGUACAGACAGCUCUUAUUUAAGAGCUUAACCCUGAGUGCUUGCUCACAUACUGUAAUGUUUAAUCUGCACUGAUUAUACAGUGAGUAUAUUCCUAUAAUGAUGUCUCUGUAGGUUUUUACGCCGUAAAUUGUUUUAAAUUUGUUUUGUCUUUCCUGUUCGUGCUUGUCCUGUGUCAGAUGUGUUACGUAAAGUUUAAUUCUGUGUGCAGGGUAAGGAAUCUAUUGUAAUAGCUUUCAUCAAGAUUUUCUUCCUACAUGGACUUCCCUAUCGACAAGGUUGCUUUAGCAUUCUUGUAACAUUUCUAUUUAGAUUAUAUUAAGUAGAAAUAAAUCUGAAGGAAAGACAGAAUCGAGGAGGCUGCCAGUCUACGGCAGUAACUUCACCGCUAUGUUUAUA